AUGUCGUACGGGUACGACGAUGAUUCCAAGAGGAAGAGAAGGUAUGUUAUCAUCUCAAUCUCCUCUGUUCUUCUCAUCUCCAUGGUGGUCGCCGUUACCGUCGGUGUCAGCCUCAACAAGAACGAAGGCAACGAUGACUCUGACGGACAGAUAAACUCUUCCGUCAAAGCCGUCAAAGACGUAUGCGCACCAACGGAUUACAAAAAGACAUGUGAAGACAGUCUAAUGAAGAACGGUAACAACGCGACCGACCCGGUCGAGUUGGUUAAAACAGCGUUUCGCUCAACGAUGAAGCAGAUAUCAGCCGCGGCCAACAAGUCGCAGACCAUGAUGGAGCUUCAGAAGGAUCCAAGGACGAAGAUGGCUCUUGACCAAUGCAAGGAGCUGAUGGAUUACGCUUUGGGUGAGCUUAACAACUCUUUCGAGGAGCUUGGCAAGUUUGAGUUCCAUUUACUCGACGAGGCUUUGAUCAAUCUGAGGAUCUGGCUCAGCGCGGCGAUAAGCCACGAGGAGACUUGUCUCGAAGGGUUCGAAGGGACUCAGGGGAAUGCCGGGGAGACCAUGAGGAAAGCGUUGAAAACCGCUAUCGAGUUGACACGCAACGGACUAGCAAUCAUCAGUGAAAUGUCGAAUUACUUGGGACAGAUGCAGAUUCCUGAGUUCAACAGCCGUAGGCUGUUGUCUCAGGAGAUCCCCUCGUGGGUCGACCAGAGAGGGCGUAGGCUCUUGCAGGCUGCUGCUGCGUAUUCCGAUGCUAAGCCUGAUAUAGUGGUGGCUCAGGACGGGAGUGGUCAGUACACAACGAUCAACGAGGCGUUGAAGAACGUACCGAAGAAGAAGAACACGACCUUCGUGGUUUACAUUAAGGCAGGAACCUACCAGGAGUAUGUUCAAAUCAACAAGAGUAUGACUCAUCUCGUGUUCAUCGGUGAUGGUCCUGAGAAAACAGUCAUUUCCGGUAGCAAGAAUUACAAGGACGGUGUCACUACCUACCGUACCUGCACUGUUGCCAUUGUUGGAGACCACUUCAUUGCCAAGAACAUUGGGUUUGCUAACACUGCCGGGCCAACCAAACAUCAAGCUGUUGCGGUUAGGGUUCAAGCAGACGAGUCCAUUUUUUUCAACUGUAGAUUCGAUGGCUACCAAGACACCCUCUACGCUCACACCAAACGUCAGUUCUACCGUGAUUGUACCAUCUCAGGCACUAUUGAUUUCCUCUUCGGAGACGCGGCUGCUGUGUUCCAGAACUGUACUUUGUUGGUGAGGAAGCCACUUGCGAACCAGGCAUGCCCUAUCACAGCCCACGGUCGUACUGACGCAAGGGAGCCAACCGGAUUUGUGUUCCAAGGUUGUACAAUAGCCGGGGAGCCAGAUUACUUGGCGGUCAAGACAACUAGCAAAACCUAUCUUGGAAGGCCAUGGAGAGAGUUCUCAAGGACUAUUUUCAUGAACAGUUUCCUUCCGGAUUUCGUCCAGCCGGAAGGAUGGAUGCCGUGGCUCGGAAACUUUGGUCUUGACACAUUGUUCUACUCUGAAGCUCAGAACUCAGGACCUGGAGCAGGACUUGCAAACCGGGUUACUUGGGCCGGAAUCAAGACAUUGAGUAACGAAGAGAUACUAAAGUUCACAGCGGAUCAGUACAUCCAAGGUAACCUUUGGGUUCCUGGCAAAGGUGUUCCUUACACUCCUGGCCUCUUGGCUGCCAACCCUAACGCUGCAACCACCACCACCCCAAGCGGCUCAGCUGCUUCAGGUACCAACACCUUCACAGACACAAGUGGUGCUUCCUCGGUUUCUCCAGCAGCUGCCCCGGAAGGUUCUAUCAGAAUGGCUUCAACUGGUACAAGUGGUGCUGGCUCGGUUUCUCCAGCAGCUUCCCCGGAAGGUUCUAUUAGGAUGGCUUCAACUGAUACAAUUGGUGCUAGCUCGGUUUCUCCAGCAGCUGCCCCAGAAGGUUCAAUCAGGAUGGCUUCAAGUGGUGCUAGUUUGGUUUCUCCAGCAGCUGCCCCAGAAGGUUCAAUCAGGAUGGCUUCAAGUGGUGCUAGUUCGGUUUCUCCAGCAGCUGCCCCUGAAAGUGGUGCUGGCUCAGUUUCUCCAGCAGCUGCCCCAGAAGGUUCUAUCAGGAUGACUUCAACGGGGACAAGUGCUACUGCUGCUGCCCCGGUUUCUCCAGCAGCUACCCCGGUUUCUCCACCAGAAGAUGAGAUUGCAUUGUCUAACUAA